UUCAGACGAGUCGCGAACCCAGGCUGCUAUUGCGGCAGGUCAGUCAUGCAGUUAGGAACCGUAAUUAUAAUCGUCGUGAUUUUCGCGAAUUUUCCAACCUUUGGAGAAUCCGCAAACGAGACCGAGGAUUCCACGUCAGCGGAAGUGCAGAAAAUACUUGUCGAAUGUAACCAUUCGGAUUACAGAACCUACUUGGCCUGUUUGAAGAGACAAAAGAGACAUCACGUUCAUGCGGAGCCUGAAUCUGUGGGAGAGAAUAAAAAUUGCAUGAGGAAAUGUGAUGUCGACAAAUGCACGACUUCCUCCUGUAUGAAGAAUUGUUAUCAGCGAUGCUUCGAAAAGACAAAGGAAACGCAUCAUGUGAUUACAGAGUAUUCCACUAAUUGUUCGCCAGGUGAGAAUUGCCACGAGGAACGCCAGGGUAUAAUUAAUAUAACAGCAAAUAUAGAUAUAAAAAAUAUUAUGGAAAAUCCCACUGCAACGAUACCUUCUCAACCUCUGCCAAGAGAAUACGUUCCCUCAACUCCGAGAGAGUCGUUUACUUCGACCGAAAAGACAAGAAAUGCCACUUGCGUCUCGUUUGGAUGUUACAUAAUGGGUAUCCUAAUGGUGCCCCAAGUUCAAUAUGCACCUCCUGUCAAUAAUUACCCAGGAAAUACUGGGUGUAACCAAUGGUCUUGUCCAAAUACGUAUCAGCUUCCACCCGACUGCUCGGCUUGCGGCAACCCGUUUAUGCGUUACAGAUGUGACUUCCGCUGUUACCCGUAUUCCUAAGGAAGCAAAUCCUCCUGUGACAGCUACGUAUCCGGUUUCCAAAGACGUCCGGAAGAAACACUGCAGGAGUCCGUAUUGCGUUGGUGGAUUUCAGUGAAUACAUUUUUUUUUUCGAUAAACAAUAAAAUCUUGCUAUUCUUGUUAAAGCUCUUAUCUUGCGAGCUAUCGAUAAUGCAGUGUAAAUCUGUUAUAUAAGUCUGCCAGUCGUUAUGGUAACUUUCGUACCAUAAUUUAUGGUAUAAAAGUAAAAACGUCGUUUAGGUAUGUUUAAGGAUAAUUAGUUCAGUCUACGUUAACGAUUAUGUAUUAUACUCGGCUUUUACGACAGUUAAUCUACAAAGUACCGUAUUUUCGAAUCACUUCCUAAUUACUUGUCUAAUUGUAUCAUGUAAUGAGCAUACCGUAUGCAAAGCUUAACCUAGGACAAUACCUCUGUAUACUCUCUGCGCUCGAAGAUUCAAAUGCUAGAUUAGCAAAUAUACACGUAUUAAAGGAACUGAAAUUGGCUAGAGUAAACUAAUGAAACUGCCCUCUUAAUUGGAACAGAAUAAUUAUAUGCGUCAUGGUAGUGUUGACAAUCGAGGUAUACAUUUUUCUGUUUAAAUCCAAAUAUCCAGCAAUGUCCACGUUCGGUGAUAUCACCUGUACUGCAUUCAUUAAUUUAAGGACUUCCUUGGAUAUUGCACCAGAAGAAUGUGUUUCCAAAGCAGCAAUCCUUUCGCCAAACUGAUAAUGAAAUUUAUAUAUAAUAUAAUUGAAGCCAGUAAUAUUUUUAAUUUACUAUACUUCGUUUACGAGCGA